UCGGGUAGGUUGCUCACUCUUCGAGAGCUGCGGUUGGGGAUUCUCACGUUGAUGGUUGCAAGGGGAGUAGUUAGUGUUCCCAGAGAGCGAAACUGUGCUGGGCUAGGAAAGUGUUGGAUUAACCUUAGACUUUACAGGGGCACAAACAAGAGAGGGAACUUUUGAAACAGCCAAACGGGACAAUACUUUUUUUCCUCUUGGAUAGGAGAGCGGACUCAAGUUUUCAUCAUGCCGGUUUUUCACACAAAGACGAUAGAAAGUAUCCUAGAGCCGGUGGCUCAGCAGAUAUCCCAUCUGGUGAUAAUGCACGAAGAAGGUGAGGUGGACGGGAAAGCUAUCCCGGAUCUCACGGCUCCCGUGGCUGCGGUGCAGGCAGCUGUCAGCAACCUGGUUCGGGUGGGGAAAGACACUGUCCAGACCACAGAAGACCACAUAAUGAAGAGAGACAUGCCUCCAGCUUUCAUCAAGGUGGAGACCGCGUGCACCAAGCUGGUGCAGGCGGCGUCCAUGUUGAAAGCAGACCCUUACUCCGUCCCUGCUCGAGAUUACCUCAUCGACGGCUCCCGUGGAAUCCUCUCUGGCACCUCUGACCUGCUGCUCACCUUCGACGAGGCUGAGGUUCGUAAAAUCAUCCGUGUGUGUAAAGGUAUCCUGGAGUACCUGACCGUGGCAGAGGUGGUGGAAUCCAUGGAGGAUCUGAUCACGUACACCAAGAACCUGGGACCUGGGAUGACGAAGAUGGCCAAGAUGAUUGACGAGAGACAGCAGGAGCUGACCCAUCAGGAACACCGCGUGAUGCUAGUCAAGUCUAUGAACACUGUCAAGGAGUUGCUGCCUGUCCUCAUCUCAGGUAUCAAGAUCUUUGUGACGACCAAGACGUCCGGCAGCCAGGGAGUAGAGGAGUCUCUGAAGAACAGGAACUUCACCUUCGAGAAGAUGAGCGCUGAGAUCAACGAGAUCAUCAGGGUGCUGCAGCUCACUUCCUGGGACGAAGACGCCUGGGCCAAUAAGAAGGAUACAGAGGCCAUGAAGAGAGCUCUGGCGCUCAUCGACUCUAAGAUGACCCAGGCCAAGAGCUGGCUGAGGGACCCCGACGCCCAACCAGGGGAUGCAGGGGAACAGGCCAUCCGUCAGAUCCUGGAUGAGGCUGGGAAGGUGGGAGAGCUGUGUGCUGGGAAGGAGCGGAGGGAUAUCCUGGGAACAUCCAAAACCCUGGGGCAAAUCACUGACCAGGUGUCUGAGAUGAGGGCCAGGGGUCAGGGGGCAUCUCCUGCAGCCAAGCAGAAGGCCCAACAGGUCUCCCAGGGCCUGGAUGUUCUCGCGGGGAAAGUGGAGAAUGCAGGCCGGAAACUGGAGGCCAUGACCAACUCCAAACAAGUUAUCGCCAAGAGGAUUGACGCUGCUCAGAACUGGCUGGCAGACCCUAACGGUGGUCCUGAGGGAGAGGAAAACAUUAGAGCUCUCCUGUCUGAGGCCAAGAAGAUCGCUGACAUGUGUGAAGACCCCAAGGAGAGAGAUGACAUCCUGAGGUCCAUCGGAGAGAUGGCUGCUCUCACCGCCAAGCUCUCUGAGCUCCGGAGACAGGGUAAAGGUGAUACUCCGGAGGCCAGGGCAUUGGCGAAGCAGAUAGCCACAGCCCUACAGAACCUGCAGUCUAAGACCAGCAAGGCUGUUGCCAACAGCAGGCCUGCCAAGGCUGCUGUCCACCUGGAGGGGAAGAUAGAGCAGGCCCAGAGCUGGAUGGAGAACCCUACCAUGGAUGACGGGGGAGUGGGCCAGGCAGCUAUCCGGGGGCUGGUGGCAGAGGGCCGUCGUCUGGCUAACGCUCUGCCAGGUCCCUACAGACAGGAGCUGGUAGGGAAGUGUGAGCAGGUGGAACAGCUGAUGGCCCAGCUAGCCGACCUGGCCGCCAGGGGUGAUGGGGAGUCCCCGCAGGCGCGUGCCGUGGCUCAACAUCUCCAGGAGAGCCUGAAAAACCUCAAAGGAACGAUGCAGGAAGCGAUGACACAGGAGGUGUCAGACAUCUUUAGCGACACGACCACUCCCAUCAAACUGCUGGCUGUGGCCGCCACCGCCCCACCCAACGCCCCCAACAGGGACCAGGUGUUUGAUGAGAGGGCGGCCAACUUUGAAAACCACGCCAACAAGCUGGCUGCCACGGCAGAAAAGGCUGCCGCUGUUGGAACCGCCAACAAGAGCACUGUGGAGGGGAUCCAAGCUGCCGUCAAAUCUACAAGAGAUAUUACACCACAGGUGGUCUCUGCUGCCCGUAUCAUGCUGAGAAACCCAGGCAACCAGGCUGCGUUGGAGCACUUUGAGACCAUGAAUAACCAGUGGAUUGACAACGUGGAGAAAAUGACAGGUUUGGUGGACGAGGCUAUAGACACCAAGUCUCUGUUGGAUGCCUCUGAGGAGGCCAUUAAGAAAGACCUGGAGAAAUGUCGCGCUGCCAUGGCUAACCACCAGCCCCAGAUGUUAGUGGUAGGGGCCACCAGCAUCGCCCGUCGGGCCAACCGGAUCCUCCUGGUAGCCAAACGGGAGGUGGAGAACUCUGAGGAUCCUAGAUUCAGGGAGAUAGUGAAGGCUGCGUCUGAUGAGCUGAGCCGGACCAUAUCUCCCAUGGUGAUGAACGCCAAGGCUGUGGCUGGGAACAUCACCGAUCCAAGUCUGCAGAAAGGCUUCCUGGAUUCAGGCCAUAGGAUCCUGGGGGCCGUUGCCAAGGUGAGAGAUGCGUUCCAGCCACAGGAACCAGACUUCCCCCCACCACCACCUGAUCUGGACCAGCUGCACGUCAGCGACGAGCCCGCCCCACCAAAACCACCUCUCCCCGAGGGUGAGGUUCCUCCCCCCAGACCCCCUCCCCCAGAGGAGAAGGACGAGGACUUCCCAGAGCAAGAGGUGGGAGAGAUGGUGAGCGAGCCCAUGAUGAUGGCCGCCAGACAGCUCCACGAGGAGGCCCGCAAGUGGUCCAGCAAGGGUAACGACAUCAUCGGUGCAGCCAAGAGAAUGGCCCUGCUCAUGGCUGAGAUGUCCCGUCUGGUGCGCGGUGCCGGCGGGAACAAGCGUGCCCUCAUUCAGUGUGCCAAAGACAUCGCAAAAGCCUCAGACGAGGUCACAAAGUUGGCUAAGGAGGUUGCCAAGCAGUGCACAGACAAACGCAUCCGGACCAACCUGCUCCAGGUGUGUGAGCGCAUCCCUACCAUCAGCACACAGCUGAAGAUCCUCUCCACAGUCAAGGCCACCAUGUUGGGUCGUACCAACAUCAGCGAGGAGGAGUCCGAGCAGGCCACAGAGAUGUUGGUUCACAAUGCCCAGAACCUGAUGCAGUCUGUGAAGGAGACGGUUAGAGAGGCCGAGGCUGCCUCCAUCAAGAUCCGGACGGAUGCCGGUUUCACCCUGCACUGGAUCCGAAAGACCCCCUGGUACCAGUAAGAAGAGACGGGCCCGACUUUGUUAAUUUGCGUUCCGCAAAUGCCACUCUAUUCCCUAUGUAGUGCACUACUUCUGACCAGGAUCCGUACGUCUCUGGCUAAAGGUGGUGCAGUAUACUGUGUGAGGAAUGUGGUGCCAUUGGGGACACAGUUAUUCUGUUCCUCUGCCCAAAGCCCAGCCUGGUCAGAAGAAAACAACAGCCAGACUCUCUGAGCAGUAGAUUUGAUGAACCCAUACAUACUAAUUCCAAGCUACAAUGAAUGAAAACGGCCACUUUUUUAAAAAGCCUGCCUGGUUAGGGUGAAAACCUUGAGUUAAUACUGAAAACACUAUUUAUCAGUCGAUGUCAAUCCCACACGUGUCUGUAAACAGUGACAGUUUUGUUCAAAUAUAAAGUAGGGGACUAUCCAAUGCAACUAUAACAUGGUUCAGAAUGAUUCUUACUUGCAAUUUCUUUUUCUAAUUAUAUGUUUUAAAGAUCUUAUGAGAAAUCCCAGGUAUAUAUUUUUUGGAUUAGAGGUUUCUUUUCGUAUAGAGUAAGGUUAAAGGUGUACUAGUCUCAGUGAAACAUACAAUGGUGAGAAGAGAGCUUUGAAGUUAAAAUUAGAAUAUUAACAUUUUUUUUCCUUGCAAGGCCUUUAUUUUCUAUAUAUCUUUAUACUGGUUCUUAAUUUCACUAUCUGCCACGUGUAGUUGUUCACCUUCGCUAGGACAAAGCACAUCUGCUCCAACUCAAUGGGAGUGAGUUCAAGAAUAUCAUAAUGAUCCGUUCUACACAAAUAUAAUAGACUAUUCAGUGGUAUUACACUAUGUUAUAGAAACUUAAAAAAAAAUAAACACUGUUCCUUGUUCUACAUUUUUAUUAAAUGGUGUGAUGGUUUUGGUAGCUAUUUUUUAUUUUUUUUUGUCAGUACUGCCAAAGAGUUUAUUCUAGCCUGGUCCCAGAUCUGUUUGUGGUCUUUGCAUCUACAGGGAGUCGGUGUGAUAGCACUAAACAGCCUGGCACUCAUGCUAGGUUUGUUCCACCAUUAACUUUUUCUGUCUUGGGGUUUUAUUAUAUCUGCAAUAUUGGAAAACAUCAUGAUGAGCUCUUCAGACACAUUGGGUAGAGAAUAUCUUAUUCACUUAGAACACAUAUCUGUAAAGAUACUGGCAUUCAGCUCUAUAUGUUUCUGGCUUGAUUGUUUUUGCUCACAUUGUUGCGUUGAGAUUACAUGUAGGCCUUAGGUCUGGUGCUCUCUACUUUGUACUUCUCAGUGAAACUAUAGCAAGCCAGUCUCCAUGUUGUUGCCUGACUAGAGGCCAGCUAUAGUGUAAUGUUUAAACUGUGUCUUGACCUAAUGUGGUGAAGGAUUAAUGAAUGAUGCAUCAAAUGCUUUGAAGAUAAAGAGUCUGGAGUGAUAGUCUGGGGGGGGAUAAAGAGUCAUGGUCUGGAGGAUGAAGAGGGAACAUAUUUAAGUCUAGGGGGGGUGGGGCUCUAGGACUAGGUUUAAUCCGGGAGACCAAUGUGUUUCAGUGUAAUACGUCACAUGAAACUGGUGAUGAGAUAUCAGCCUUCUCUUCCUCUCAUAUCUUCAAGCUACACUAAACAUUACACAGCUGGUACAAACGGUUGCAGUUUUGAAAUGUUUUCUCUUGUGUCUGAAUAAUCCCAGAGCAGUUUGAAUGUGUACGAUUAUUGAGACCCUACAAAACCAUCUGAUGUGCCCUGUAAUAAAAAGACUGAUUGCAAUAAA